AAAAAAAAAAAGAAACAAAAAAGGUGAACGUGUUCGGAGGUAGUAGGGUAUAAGGUGUUGGACAAACCAAAGGUGCGUGGCUAAAACCCUUGCCGCCUUGCCUCCCGCCCUCGCCACGGCGAAUUAGGUUUUAUCUGCAACAGCAAGCCAUGGGAGGCUCGCGAACCCAAGUCAAUAAGCCUCACAAGUCUCGCUUCUCUUCCAAAUCAGAUCGUCACAUUCACAGAACCUCUUUGAAAGAAAAAAAUAGGAUAGCCAAAUCGGAGCCCAAUGCUGCCAACGGAGCUAGAGCUGCUCGCCUUCAGCGUAGCAAGAUGCUACGAGAGCAGAAAAAAGAAGCUCUUUUGAAAGAGAAAAGAGCUUCAAGUGGAUGGGCAAGCCCUCCCCGUGUCAUUGUUCUUUUCGGACUUUCUGCUGAUGUGAACUUAAAAUCACUUGCUGAAGAUCUUCUAUCUUUGUUGACGAAAGAAGGUUCUGGGGCUUUAGUGCCAACAGUAGCAGCUUCUUCUGAGUAUAAAUUGAGAAUAACGGUAUUGAAAGCACCUCAUGGAGAUCUCUUAUCGUGUAUGGAAAUGGCCAAGGUAGCUGACUUGAUAGCUUUUGUGGCAUCAGCGGACACUACAUGUAAAGGAAGCACCUCUGACUAUAUCGAUUCAUUUGGAAGUCAAUGUCUUUCCGUGUUUAGGUCUCUUGGUUUACCAAGCACCGUUGUACUUAUCCGUGAUCUACCUAGUGAGAUGAAAAAAAGAAAGGACUCUAAAAAGAUGUGUGCUUCAAGUAUUGCUUCUGAAUUUCCAGAGGAUUGUAAGUUUUAUCCUGCCGAUACAAGAGAUGAAUUGCACAAGUUCAUGUGGCUUUUCAAGGAGCAAAGGCUCUCAGUUCCUCACUGGCGAAGUCAACGGCCGUACCUCAUGGCUCAAAAGCUUGAUACACUAGCAGCAGAUGAUGGCAAUAUAGGAAAUUGUAUUCUCCUCCUCACUGGAUAUUUGCGUGCAUGCAGUCUUUCUGUGAAUCAGCUAGUUCAUGUUUCUGGUGCGGGGGAUUUCCAGUUGUGCAAGAUUGAAAUUCUCAAGGACCCAUUUCCUCUAAAUGCAAGAAAACGACAGGAUAUGAUGGACUCAGAUGAUGUGAACAAUUUAGAGGUUGUCCGUUCCUUGGUUCCUGAUCCUUUGAAGCAAGAGCCUUUACUUGUUGAGAAUGUUCCUGACCCACUUUCAGGUGAACAGACAUGGCCAACAGGUGCAGAUAUUGCCGAGGCUAAAAUGAACCAAAAACAAAAAAAGUUAAGAAAGAGGACUCUUCCUCAAGGCACUUCAGAGUACCAGGCUGCUUGGAUUGUAGAUGAGGAGGAUGAGGAGGAUUUGGAUACCGAUGGGGAAGCUGAUGGUAUGGUAGUGGAUGGAAUUGAGAGUGGUUUUCCUGGUCAAGAGGGCAGUAAUAAUUCCGAUCAUAUUGAUGAUCAAGUUUCUCUAAGCUUAAGUGACGCAGAUGAAGAAACUGAUGUAGAUUCUGUUAUGAUGGAAGGUGAAAACUUGACCAGGGAACAAUUGGAGGAUGAGAUUCAAAAAUUGAAAAAAGCACAUGCUGAAGACGAGGAGUUUCCAGAUGAAGUAGAUACCCCUUUAGACAAAGCUGCUAGAAAACGGUUUGCCAAAUAUAGAGGGCUCAAGUCCUUUCGGACCUCUUCAUGGGAUCCAAAGGAAUCUCUACCUCCAGAGUAUGCCAGAAUUUUUGCAUUCGAUAAUUUUGCGCGUACACAGAAACAUGUUCUUUCCAAAGCUUUAGAUAAGGAGCGAGAAGAUGGGGAUGACUGUGCAUCAGCUAGCUCAUAUGUAAGGCUGCAUAUCAAAGAAGUACCAAGUGCUGUGGCUUCUAAAUUAUGUCUGCUUGCGAACACAAUGCCUAUUAUAGCAUGUGGCCUUCUUCAGCAUGAGUCCAAGAUGUCUGUCCUCCAUUUUAGUAUUAAAAAACAUGAUACAUACAGUUUACCCAUCAAAGGGAAAGAAGAAUUAGUAUUUCAUGUGGGCUUUCGCCAGUUUGUUGCAAGGCCAAUAUAUUCUACUGACAGCAUUAAUUCGGAUAAGAGCAAAAUGGAGAGAUUUCUUCAUGCAGGACGUUUUUCCAUAGCUUCAAUUUACGCUCCAAUUUCAUUUCCUCCUGUUCCUUUGAUAGCCCUGAAGAGUGCUGAAGGAGAUGCUGCACCUGCAGUUGCUGCCGUUGGUUCAUUGCGAAGUGUUGACCCAGACAAGAUAAUUCUAAAGAAGAUUAUUUUAACUGGCUACCCUCAACGAGUAUCAAAGUUGAAAGCUUCGGUGAGAUAUAUGUUCCAUGAUCCUGAGGAUGUGAGAUGGUUCAAGCCUGUGGAAGUGUGGACCAAGUGCGGUCGCCGUGGUCGCAUAAAGGAACCUGUCGGUACACAUGGUGUGAUGAAGUGUGUCUUCAAUGGUGGCCUUCAGCAGCAUGACACCGUAUGUAUGAACUUAUACAAGCGUGUAUAUCCAAAAUGGCCAAACCAUCUCUUCCCCAUUCUUGAUUCAUGAUGAGCAGAAGCCUUGUUGAUGGGAAUGAAGCUCUGGUUCAGAUUGUUGGUUCCUGACAUUUUCCUUUUGUAGUAUAUAGGGACUAGGGAGGGGGAGAGAGAGAGAGAGAGAGAGAGCCCGAUCAUUUCUUUUUGUCAGAAGGGCAUGUUAUAUGGGUUGCUAUUGCCUUGUUUUGGCGAUCAUUUCUUUUUGUCAGAAUGGCAUGUUAUAUGGGUUGCUGUUGCCUUGUUUUGGCGUUUGCUAUUGCAAAGUGGCAUUAUUAUGCCAAUGCCAUCUCAACUGCACUGAAAAUGGCUUGAGGAGGACAUUGUCAUUGCACUGAAGAUUAGCGGAAAGUUUUUAAAAUUUUUAAAUGCUGAAUACUUUGAAAAUUGUCUUA